UAUUCAAAAUUGCUUCCCGUUUCUUUCAGCUUCGGUCGGUGUGCCAGACAUGGAGAGCCCUCAAAACAGUGUGGCGAGAACUCCCUCCAACAGUGCGAUCGUUCAGAGGAGGAGCAAAAGUAAGAGCUACCGGCAGUCGUACCGCAGCUGCUUAGGUGCUGCUUCAAGGUUAGGACUAACCCCUGGGUUGACGGCACGGAGACUCAACAGCAGCAGAAGAGCUCUGAAGUCACAGGUUAUAACUGAGAAGGUGAAUCCGGAGCACCUGGCCAUAUUGGUGAAAGCAGAGUGGCAGCUGUCAUACGUCACUCCUCUCUACCAGUUCAGACACACGCAGCUCAAGAGCUACUCAAGGCAGCUCUCUGCGUUCAUUGCUGCAGAGAAGCAGCAAGGUUUGGCUGUGGAGGUGGAGGGAUCACAGAGCAGCUUCAGAGUCUCCUUCUCUGUGGUGCAGGGGAUGGCAGAGACCGACGAUGACGCUGAGACUGUCCUUAUACAGAUCUUUUCAAAGCCAAUGUUUGCGAAGCAGGAUGAACCCCAGCGGUCGGUGUGGAGCGGCUGGUUAACCUGCAUCAACGGCAACCCCGACUACCUGCACUCACUUCCUAAAGGCUUCACCUGUCUGCCGCUCUUUGGCAGCAGCGGCGCAGAAGUUCUCACCUCUUUGGUCAAAUCCUGGUUCCAGCAGACCUUCGACUGCUGCUUCGGCUGCUUGGAAAUCAACCAGACCAGCCUGCAGUGGCUAGCAGCGUUAUGGACUAACUGCCACACGGAGUCCAGCCUCAAGCACCUCAAAAUGAUUUGGACUAUUCCAGUUGUGCCACCGCUGCAGGUCACCUACACCGUUGACCCCCAAGAUGCGUGGGAGCUUUGGAUGAGUGUGAGGAUGGAUCAGCUGGACAAGAGUGAGGAGGAGGAGGAAGAGCAGGCGAGAAACAUCGAUAUUGAGGAGGUGACGAGGUUCAUGCAGGGGCUGAAGAGCCACUUCUACAGGCACUUCAGGCUGGACUUGUCAGCAGGAAACCUACAGCAGGUCUCCACAGCGCUGGGAUCAGCCAAGUUCAGCGGCAAGAUUAAGAUCUCCAGCAGCAGAUACAUCAUCACCACCCUGGCACUACUAACAGAGUGCGCCCUCCUCAAAAUGCCCAUCUGAUGUCCUUUUGUAAAUAUGUUGUAUGUAUAUAUGUUCAUGUCCACCUGCAUGUCUAUUUGUGUCAUUUAUAGUUGUAAAUAAAAGCAAAACAAGAUGUAGUUUGACUAACAGAUGCUUUGGCUGCAACUAAGGAGUAUUUUUAUUCAGUUCAAAUGAAUUCAAAUGUUUUAUAUGUCAAAUAGUGACAGAGCCUAUGGAGACAUCUGCAGGAUGUUUUUCUGGACCAAUAGAUCAAAUAUCAAAGUGACAUUAUAGAGAUAUGAACCUGCAAAUUGUCACUUUGUUGAGAUUUGAAUUUCUGCUCGACUCAGUGACCUAAAAGGUUGAUCAAUAACAGCUGUUUUCUCAACCCUCCACUGAAACAUCUUAAAUUAUUCUUUCAUUUCCAGAACUCCACACAGAAAACACUCUUUUUUUGAAAUUUUACUGUUACUUAAGACAAAAUCAGGCAACUUUAUUUCAAAAAAAGACACAAAACAAAUUCACCAAAACUCAAGUAGGGGGUUAUCAAAAUAAUUAAAUAGAAACAAUGAAGGGAACAUGAGCGUACAAAACACCAGAUGGAGACAUAAGCUCUUUUAAAGUAAAAAAAAAAAGAAAUCCCCUC